AUGACUCUUUCACUUAAGGAAAAUAAAAAAUAUUUCAAGCGUAGUGAGCUUGCCAAAAAAGAAGAGGAAGCAUAUUUUGAACGAUGUGGCUAUAAGAUACAGCCAAAAGAAGAGGACCAGAAACCAUUAACAUCGUCAAAUCCAGUAUUAGAACUUGAACUGGCAGAGGAAAAAUUACCCAUGACUCUUUCUAGGCAAGAGGUUAUCAGAAGAUUGAGAGAAAGAGGAGAACCAAUCAGACUAUUUGGAGAAACUGACUAUGAUGCUUUUCAACGUUUAAGAAAAAUAGAGAUCCUCACGCCAGAAGUUAACAAGGGGUUGAGGAAUGAUCUGAAGGCAGCUUUGGAUAAGAUUGAUCAGCAAUACCUCAAUGAAAUUGUGGGUGGUCAGGAACCCGGAGAGGAAGACACACAGAAUGACUUGAAAGUUCAUGAGGAGAAUACCACCAUUGAAGAGUUAGAGGUAUUCCAUACCCAGCGCAGACCAUUCCCCAUCACACCUUUUGUCUUUGGAGCAGAUGGUUGAGUUAAUCAGAUAAUU